UAGAACCAAAGAUGAAUAGUACUCCGGGAAGAGGAAUAGAGAGAAGAAGAAGCAUUUAACUAAAAAAACAUCUUAGCUCUCUCCCUCACGGGUACAUCCCUCUUCUUCUUCUUCUUCUCCUUUGUUGUUUUUGUUCCUUGUCGGAAUCGAACUCGGGGUGUUAGAACAGAGAUCCGACCGGGUGUGUCUUUUAGUUACAUACCAUCAUGGGCAAGCCUGCAAAGUGGUUUAAAAAUGUACUGCUUGGAAAGAAAUCCUCUAAAUCUAGUAAUGGUUCCAAAGGAUAUGAGAGAGUUGUGAGUGGAAACGAGCUAGUGGUUACUGCAAAGGUAGAAGAAUCUGAUGUAGUAUCACAGCAUGUAGAACCUGAAGAGAUCUCAGAUGAUGAAAUACAUCUUCCUGAGAGCAAACCAGCAGAUUCUCAAAAUGCUGCACCUGUGCAAGACAAGUCACUCUCUGAUGCAGAGAGAAUCCAACAAGAGAUUGCAGCAACGUUGGUCCAGGCUGCGUUUAGAGGUUACUUGGCUCGGUGUGCCUUUUGGGCACUCAAAGGCAUAAUAAGGCUACAAGCACUUAUCCGUGGUCACCUGGUUAGGAGGCAAGCUGUUUCAACUCUCUGCUGUGUCAUGGGAAUGGUCAAGUUACAAGCGCUUGCUCGAGGAAAAGAGAUCAGAAACUCUCACAUUGGAGUUCAAGUUGCAAGGAAAUGCAGAUUGAAGAUGCUUCAGGAGAACAAGGUUGUGAACUCUACAGAUGCUUACCUUGGAAUCAAGAAACUAACAGCCAACGCUUUUGCUCUGAAGCUUCUUGCUUCAUCGCCAAAAGUGAUGCCUGUACACAUACCCUAUGAUUCAUCCAAUCCAAACUCAAGCUCCAUAUGGUUAGAGAGCUGGUCAGCCUCAUGCUUCUGGAAACCAGUUCCCCAACCUAAGAAAACAAUAGGGAGAAGAGUCACAGAGGCUGAAACUGCAAAACCCAAGAAGAGUGCCUCAGUGCAGACAUCUUUUGAGUUUGGUAAGCACAAACGCAGCUUCAGGAAAGUUCCAAGCCAGUCUGUAGAACCACCUGCUGUUGAAGAUCCUCAGGUUGAGCUUGAAAAGGUUAAACGUGGCUUGAGGAAGGUGCAUAAUCCUGUCGUUGAGAGCUCUAUCCGACCUCAACCAGUGCCUCAUAUAGAAGUUGAGGAGACAAAGCAUGAAACCAUAGAAGAAGCUGUGAAAGUCUUUGAGGAAAACAAGAAGCAAGAAGUGCCUGAGCAGCCUGAUGAGGUGGAAGUACACACUCCUGGACCAUUGGAAACCAAUGAAGCACUAGAUUCCUCGCUGGUCAACCAAAUUGGUGAAGCUAAAGAUGCAACGGAAGAGAAAACUACCAAACCAAACAGUAAAGAGAGUUCAGCAGGGAAGGAGAACCAGAAGUCAAGGAGAAAGGGUUCAGCUACUAACAAGACCGAGCGUGAAGAGAGUAAUGGGCAUCAUCAUCAGACUAGUCCAUCAAUCCCAAGCUAUAUGCAAGCAACUAAAUCGGCGAAAGCAAAGCUGAGGCUGCAAGGCUCACCAAAGUCUGCUGAGCAAGACGGGACUGAGAAAGCCAAUGUUCCUAGGCGUCACUCUCUACCGUCUUCAGGUAAUGGCAGGAUGACCUCUAGUUCUCCAAGAACAACGAGACUCGCUAGCUCAGGUGACAAAACCGGGAAUAAGAAGGAGAAGCCUCUUCUGUCAUCUGCAAAGACAACUCCGGUAGAGCGCAAGAGGUGAUUGCUGACAUCAGAAAGGUGUCGUUGUUGAUUCUACAAUAGCAACAUUGUCAACAUGAGGAAUAUAAAAGCUUAGAUUUAAAGUCUGUGAUUGUGUGUGUGUUUAUGUUUUGGCCAAUUGUUACCGUUGGCUGCUGAGUAUCUGCAAUUGUGAGUGUGUCCUAAGCCGGAUAAUGUUACAUCACAAGGGUGGUGGAACUUGUUCUUUCUUCUUCUGGUUUUAUCAUUACAUAACUUUAAUUACUUUUUCAGAUUUAAGUUUUUUUUUUUAAUGUUUAUAUGAAUCUGUGAUUAUUUAAGAAUGUUCUUCAUUGUUUACAAA